AGAUUUCACUCGGCACUGUGACAAAUGUUGAUGAAGGAGUUCGAUGGCUGGGUUAUACGUAUCUGUUUGUACGUAUGAAAAUGAACCCACUUGUAUAUGGAAUGAAUUAUUUGGAACGAGAAAAUGAUCCGGAGUUAGGUAAACAACGACGCAAACUUAUUGUGAAGGCUGCAAGUACACUUCAUAAGAUUGGAAUAAUCAAGUUCUACGAAGUUACUGAUUAUUUAAGACAUUGUCAAAGCAGCGAAUUUGCAGAUUUGAAAUCAAGAGAAGAGGAGCAAACUACCGCUGGAAAAGUCAAUAUUCUCUUACAAGCAUGCCUAUCAAAUGCCAAUGUUGAAAAUUUUGCCUUAAUAUCUGAUUCAGCGUUUGUAGUACAGAAUACAAGUCGCAUAGUCCGAGCUUUAUUUGAAAUUGCUUUGAAUCGUAACUGGGCUCAAGUUUCGUCCACUUUAUUAGAAUUAUGUAAAUGUAUUGACAAGCAGGACAUGAUAGAUAUGUCCUCGGCUGAACUUGGACAAUUAGUUAAGCAGAAUAGCAUGAACGCUUAUAUUUCUAAAUUAACUCUUAGUAUUACUCCUGAUUUCGUUUGGAAUAAUAGUAUUCACGGAAGCAACUUGAAGAAACUCAAAAGAUUAGGUUCGCAAUUCCAAUCCAAGAAUUACCUCCUCAAUUAUAUAUUCGUGUCAUCAGAUAGGUGGAUAGGAGCUGAGACAUUUCUUUCAGUUUCCUUAAACCAUCUAGUUUUGCCUGAAAAUUAUCAUCAACAUACAGAAUUGUUGAGUUUACCUCCAUUACCUAUAACUGCUCUGAAAAAUAAAUCACUUGAAGAGAUAUGUGUUAAGAAAUUUAAUCAUUUCAAUCCUGUACAGACUCAGGUGUUUGACACAUUUUAUAAUUCUUCAUCCAAUGUAUUGAUUGGUGUGCCCACGGGAUCAGGACAAACAGUUACUGUUGAAUUAGCAAUGUGGUGGGCAUUUUGUGAACAUCCACGUUCCAAGAUAGUUUACAUCGCUCCAUUAAAAGCUUUAGUUCGCGAGCGUAUAGAUGAUUGGCAAGCUAGAUUAACCGGUCCAAUGAAAGAAAAACGACUUGUAGAUUUAACAGGAGAUGUUACCCCUGACUUGCGUUCUAUUGAAAAUGCCGAUAUCAUUAUUACAACACCUGAAAAGUGGGAUGGUAUAAGUCGUAGUUGGCAACAUAAAAGUUAUGUUCAAAUCGUAUCACUUGUGAUUAUUGACGAAAUUCAUUUACUCAGUGGUGAUAGAGGACCUAUACUAGAGGAUUUAGCAGACUGGUUGUGUAUUGAUGAGGGUGGACUGUUCAAUUUUAGUCAUUCAGUACGUCCUGUUUCAUUAGACAUUAGUAUCAAAGGAUUUUCUGAAAGACACUAUUGUUCUCGUAUGGCUACUAUGAAUUAUUAA